AUGGUGCUCGACGAAGUCGACCGCGAGAUGGUCGAGGCCGAGCGCCUCGCCUCGCCUCAGACCUACGGCCGGUCCAGCCAUGAGAUCGAGCGGGUGGCUACCGCAUCGUCCGCCUCGACGUCGACAACCUCAGACUCCAUCUCGAGGCGCAACAUUGGCAUGAGCCGCAUGUCUACCCAGCGCGACCUCGAGCGUCAUCCCACAGAGCUGAGCCGGAUCGCAACCCAGAGGAGCCAGCACAGCGGCACCGUCGGCCGCAGUCGCACGAGCCGCACAAGGAGGUCGUCUAAGCCUCUCCCCGAGUUCGGCGCCGGCAAGCCAUACCCCCCGCCGUUGCCGUCUCAAGAGGAGUACGUUGUUGAGUUUGAUGGGCCGGAUGACCCGCUGCAUCCUCAGAAUUGGCCGAUUAAGAAGAAGGUUCUUACUGCUGCUAUGUUGGGCUACACCACCAUGACCUCGGCUUUCACUUCAAGUGUCUUCUCAGCAGCCACACAAUAUGUUGGUAGGGAGUUCAAGGUAUCAUCCGAAGUUGGACUGCUAGGCGUAUCAUUCUUCGUAUUGGGUUUCGCUUUUGGGCCGACAUUGUGGGCCCCCCUUUCAGAAUUAAGAGGUAGAAGACUUCCAAUCGUCAUCGCCAUGUUUGGAUUUUCCGUCUUCUCCAUUGCCUGCGCGACUGGCAAGGACUUACAAACCGUCUUGAUCUGCCGUUUCUUCGCUGGAUUCUUCGGCGCGUGCCCUCUAGCUGUUGUCGCCGCCGUCUUCUCCGACAUGUUUAACAAUGCAACUCGGGGCAUUGCCAUAACUAUUUUCUCCAUGGCAGUCUUCACCGGUCCGCUCCUCGCUCCCUUUAUCGGAGGUUUCAUCGUCGAGUCGUACCUGGGCUGGCGAUGGACCAUGUACCUGGCCUCAAUCAUGGGCUUUGUUGCGUUUGGUCUCGAUCUGAUCUUCCUCGACGAGACGUAUCCGCCAGUUGUUCUGGUUCAGAAGGCCGCCGAGCUUCGCCGCAGGACCGGCAAUUGGGGAAUCCAUGCCAAGCAGGAGGAGGUUGAGGUUGAUCUCAGCGAGUUGAUCAACAAGAACUUUUCUCGUCCUAUGAGACUGCUCUUCUUCGAGCCUAUUGUCACUUUGCUAUCUAUUUAUAUGGCCUUCGUAUAUGGUAUUCUUUACCUGUUCCUGACUGCCUAUCCUUUCGUCUUCACGGGCGUUCAUGGUUUCAACGCUGGACUCUCGGGUCUGACUUUCUUCGGCAUGAUCACGGGCCAGCUUUUCGCAGGUGUUGCAGUGUUGGCCCAGCAGCCGUGGUACCAGCGCAAGCUUGCUGCCAACAACGGCAUCCCCAUUCCCGAGUGGCGUCUUCCCAGCGUCAUCGCUGGUGGAGUUGCGUUCUGCGGCGGCAUCUUCUGGUUCGGAUGGUCCGGCUACAGAGAGGAUAUCCACUGGAUCGUCCCCACACUCUCUGGUCUGCUCACGGGCUUUGGACUUAUGUCCAUCUUCCUCCAGGCGCUCAACUACCUGGUCGACGCUUACCUCAUGUUCGCGGCCUCGGCCAUCGCGGGCAACACCUUCCUCCGGUCCCUGUGCGGCGCCGGCUUCCCGCUCUUCUCGACCUACAUGUUCAACGGCCUAGGCAUCGAGUGGGCCUCAACCCUGCUCGGCUGCGUUGCCGCCGUGCUGAUUCCGAUCCCCAUCAUUUUCUACCUCUACGGCCACAAGAUCCGAGCCAAGAGCAGAGUUGCACCGACGUUCCCCAUGAUGCCUCAAGCCCCUCCCCCGCAGGCUGAGAGCGACGACACGGCAGCGACAGCGGAUCCGGAGAAGGAAGGCCCUGCUGCACCAAGCAGCAUUCCGCGAAAAGACGGAGACAAGGCUACUGAGGCUGUGUAG